AUGCUAGAAGGUCCAUCAGAAAUGUCUGGUGUUUGGGUGUUCAAGAAUGGCGUUGUUCGACUCGUCGAGAACCCGGGAGCUGAGUGCCAGGGUUCGAACGGUCGUCGUAAAGUGUUAGUCCAUGUAUGCAGUAAUGAAGUGAUUACAUCCUAUUCAGUUCUGGAAAGGAAGCUUUCAUCCCUGGGGUGGGAGAGGUACUAUGAUGAUCCUGACCUCCUUCAGUUCCACAAGAGGUCCACAGUUCAUCUCAUAUCUCUCCCCAAGGACUUCAGCAAGUUCAAGUCCAUGCACAUGUAUGAUAUUGUUGUUAAGAACCGAAAUGAAUUUGAAGUUAGGGACAUGUAG